CCAGCCCGACAUGUUGCGCUUAUAGAGAUGGCUCAAUAGGAGCCAAAUUUUCGGGGGUUUCAGAACGUUAUUUUAUUAUCCAACUGAAGUAAAACUUAGGGGGAUUUGUGUAUUCUACCAGUCAAACAGAAAGGACAACCAUCGAAGCAACUGUUUGACGAUCAACUUUGUGGUUUCCGACUGAUGUAAAGGUCAUGGUCAUGCUGAAUUCCAUCUUGCUUUGUUCCGAAAACACGAUCACCGUGCUCCUGUCUAAGACGUUUUUACGGUGAACCCGACCUCAUAGGAACUAUCCAAGCUGAGAAACUCCAUGUGCACUGAUGCAAGAGCCCCUUCCACACUACAAUACAAAAAUCAGUGCAUUUAGUAACUUCAAGAAAAUUAAGUUGGAAGUUCUAGCCGAGGGCCAGCAUGUAGUAGUUAGCGGAUCUGGUGAUACAAUACCCCAAUUGCGCACUAGAAACACUCGCCAAACCGCUUAUGUGCUUCCACAAAAUGGAAAUACAUUUUCCGACUUCGAGGAUAUGCCUCGAAAUUACAUUCGUACCUCGGCUGUUAAACAUGUGGAUAACUCUUACCAGAGAUGUGGAGUAAAACGUAAAAGUGAUGUAGAGACACCAAUGCAGCUCAAAGAGACUCACGCAAUAUCAAGCGAGGAUGAGAGUGCCACGGCAAAGGCGAACACAGCUGCUACGACGGCGACGACUACGUCGAAAACGACCAGCUCCUCGGGAGGGGAGGGAGACUACCAACUGGUGCAGCACGAGGUUCUCUACUCGAUGUCCAGUGCCUACGAGGUGCUAGAGUUCCUCGGUCGUGGCACCUUUGGGCAGGUUGUCAAGUGUUGGAAAAAGGGGACCAAUGAGAUAGUGGCGAUAAAGAUACUGAAGAAUCAUCCGUCGUAUGCCAGGCAGGGCCAGAUCGAGGUGAGCAUCCUGUCGAGGCUGAGCCAGGAGAAUGCCGACGACUUCAACUUCGUGCGCGCCUAUGAGUGCUUCCAGCACAAGAACCACACGUGUCUGGUGUUUGAGAUGCUGGAGCAGAAUCUGUACGACUUCCUGAAGCAGAACAAGUUCCAGCCACUGCCGCUGAAGUACAUCCGUCCAGUGACCCAGCAGGUGCUGUCCGCGCUCCUCAAGCUGAAACACCUCGGCCUCAUCCACGCAGACCUCAAGCCAGAGAACAUCAUGCUCGUCGACCCAGUCCGCUUCCCGUACAGGGUCAAGGUCAUCGACUUCGGGUCUGCUAGUCACGUCUCUAAGGCUGUGUGCUCCACAUACCUCCAGUCUCGUUACUACAGAGCUCCAGAAAUUCUACUUGGCCUUGCAUUUUGUGAAGCUAUCGACAUGUGGUCAUUGGGAUGUGUUAUUGCUGAACUGUUUUUAGGAUGGCCACUUUAUCCCGGAUCCUCGGAGUAUGACCAGAUUCGAUAUGUGUCCCAAACGCAAGGCUUGCCCGCAGAACAUAUGCUGAGUUCGGCCACAAAGACAACGCGGUUCUUUGUACGAGACAACACUGACACCAGCUAUCCUUUCUGGAGGUUAAAGUCACCAGAAGAACAUGAACUUGAAACAAAAAUCAAAUCAAAGGAAGCAAGAAAAUACAUUUUCAACUGUUUGGAUGACAUAGGCCAGAUCAAUGUUCCAACUGAUUUAGAGGGGAGUGAACUCUUGUCGGAAAAAGUUGAUCGACGCGAGUUCAUUGAUCUACUCAAAAGGAUGCUUACUCUGGACCAAGAACGUCGAAUCACGCCAGGGGAGGCAUUAAAUCACCCGUUCAUUGUGAUGACCCAUCUCAUAGACUACGCUCACUGUAACAUAACAAAGCAAAGUGUGCAGGCCAUGGAAAUCUGUCGCCGGUCGAGAACAUCGGUGUACGAUAUGAACUCCAACCCAAGUGGAAUGAUGUCGAAUGUCGUCCCAUCAUCAAAUGGCAACUUCACAGUAACCUUCAACAACCAAAUCAAUGCACUGCAUUCACAGAACCUUGCUCCAAACCACCAGAGCGCUGAGAUCCCCUACCUGCAGUAUUCGUUGCAGUCUGGUACCUACCUUCCGUACCCACCCCAGCCGGUGGGGCAGCAGAUGAACCCGCCCGUGACGGCCCAGUGCAGCGGGGCUCAGUUCGCCCGCACCGAUCCUUUCAGACAGUCUCUGUGUAUGCCAUCUCUUGUCAUUCCAGCAGGUCUUACAGAUGUUAUCUUUCCAGGUUUGAACUCUCCAACCAGGCCAAACGCUGUUCCCAUGGUAACCCAGGCAGCACCAACACUACAGAUCCAGCCCCAGCUGCUUAGUCAGCAGACAGUGGGUACACAACACCUUACCCCAGUCACCAUGAUUGAGAAUGGUAGACAGGUGCUGAUGGCAAAUGCGACAGUGAACUCAUGGCCUAGUAGUCGGCAGGUUUUGAUGGGUUCCUGGCAACAGAUUCCUGGUCUGACGUCUCAACAUGCAGUGCCACAGGUGAUCCCAGAAACGCUGGCCCCGGACAACUGGAGGCAGUCCAUCAUGGUGGGGGACGGCUUCGACGCGCCACCUGCUGUGUUGCCAUUGAAUUCAAGUUCUCGUCACUGGAACAUCGGGAAUAUUGGUAACAUUGGUAUGCUUCCUCAGACCUACAGCUUGUCAAGUAGACAGAGCUCGGUGCAGUCAAGCAAGCGCCAGACCAAACAGAGGAGUACGAAGGAAGUGACGUCCACCCAGUUCUCCCCGGUAAAGAAGCGCGUGAAGGAAGGAACACCGCCGCACGCAGACCUGCUCAGCCAAGAGGAAACCCUGCUGAUCACCGACUGGUCGGGGUCACUGAGGUCACACGCCUCCCACUCAGGCACGUCGGGCCAUGAGCGCCGCCACACAAUCGUGAUCCAGGACACGCCCAGCCCGUCGGUUAGUGUGAUCACCAUCAGUUCGGAUAGCGAGGACGAAGCGAACAGCUCCGGGCACCAUCUCGGCCGGUCUAGAAGUUCUCGACAUGGUGGACAGAGUCGGCAUUCGCGUCUGCAAACCGUGGUUCACAGCAGUGGCAGUAGUGGACAGUCACCUUCUGAGGUUUUCGGAAUUGGCCACUGUCGCCGAAACAUGAGUUGCGUAAGUGUCCCGGAUGGCCAUGAGUCUGAUAAUGACGAGAGCGGCUCUGCAUCUGGCAAGAAGAAGGUAACGUUCACACCCAUCAAACACGAAGACCUGACCGGAGGAGGAGCAACAAGUCACGCCAAUUGUCUGUACGGGAGCCAGGCGGCGGGUGCUUCGGGCUGCACCUCCUUGUCGACAACCAUGGCCUACGUUCCCCCACACAUGUCCGACGCCUCCCGCAAACCCCGGGAGCAAGCUAAAGUAUCCCCGUACAUGGCCACCAACAUUCCACAAGAUGUGUUUGCGCACGACAACAAGCUCCGAGUGCGGAGUCCCAAACCGGAGAUCAGGCUGCCUCCGCUGGAGAUAGAGGUGUCGACGGCAGCGGCACAAGGGAAGCUUGCCUACGUUUCGCCCACUGUUCGGUCGGUGGCCAACCCCAUCAUCAAGUUCAGCGCCCAGGCUGCCAGUGGCGGGCUGAUCCAGACGUCCAGUCACCGACACAGACCAAGCAACCUGAACUUCAUCCAGCACCACCAGGCCGCGGCCAGCGUCAGCCAGCUCUCACCGGUUCAAGCCAGUGUUCAGAUCGGUCAGCCUGUUCUCUUGAACUCGGGCUCACAGGUUGAAAUUCACAGGGAGUACCGGCGGUCGGCGGCCUUGCAGGGAAGUCCCAUCCACCACUACAUCGUGCCCGCCCACCAGCAGCCCCAGAUGACGAUCCCAGCGGGGGUGGGGGUGGGGGUGGGGGGUCAGUACGGCCCGUUCUCGCCCACAGUGGCCCCUCCCCCUGCCCACCAGAGUCCACGCCACGUGCAGUACACUACGCACCCGUUGCCGGCACACAUGCAUCCUGUGCUGCACACGUCAAGCAUCCAGACGUUCCACACACAGAUCCACCCGCAGUACGCCGCCCGCAACUACCUGAACUCGUCGACCGGCGGCAUCUACACCACAUACCAGCUGAGCCCAAUCAAGGCCAGGCAGUACCAGUAUUUCGCCGGCUAGACCCUGCGGACAACGUCUACAAGUGCCAAUAUUAUUCAGGAUGUAAUUGUUAAUAAUAUUACGAUAUAUUUAUACAUGUAUAUCAUUAGUUGAAAGUAACAAAAAAUGAACUAGAUGAAAUGAGUAAUAAAUAGUUUGGAUGGAAUCGAUAAUCGGUUUUUUUUUUUAUAAAGAAAAGACAUUUUUGAUGCUGUUUAAUAAUAAUAUUGUGAUCAUGAAAUAAGUUUGCAUUCAGAUUUUGUUAUUUUAAGUUGUAAAGCAGAAAGAAGAAUAAGGGUUUUUUUGUGUGGGUUUUUUAAAUAAAUAAAUAUAUAUAUAACCCAGAUACCUGUGAUGUUACCCCAGGCAGCUGAUGCGCGUCCGGGCAAUAUGUGGGCAAUACACAAAAUAAUGACUCGGUGUUGACUACGUGUGUCGUCUGAUCUGUCUCUUUGAAGUGGUUCUUAUUUUUCGUGUGUGAGUGCGUACAUGUCUUGUCUGGAUUGUAUAGCUGAGGUGGUGACCUUGACCGUCGACUCGCUGGCUGUUUGUUGGCUACAGUGCUGUAUGUUCACUAUGCAUCACUUCGGUUUGGUACUUUUCAUUUGUGUUACUUAGCUUAUUAUUAAUUAAUAUUCAUAUUUAAUAUUCAAGAUUUGAUCUGAAUGGUUUAGUGGUUUGAAUUUAUUAUUAUUAUUUUUUUUUUUAGGUGGUUAUUGUUAGUUUUGCUAAUUAAGUAGUUAUAUUUCAAUUAACAUUAGCAGGUGUUUGCUGUUAGGACUGCUAUCAGUUGUUUGCUUUUUCAAUUUAUAUAUAUAUUAUUAUUCUUAUUAUAUAUCUUUGUGUAUAUUGUUGAUUGGGAAUUUGUCUUAAAGUUUUAUAUUUAAUAGUGUAACCUUUUUAUCAGUGCAUUAUUCAAUUGUAUUUUAGCAAGAGCAUCAAAUGUAGAUAUAAUAUAUAAUAUCUGUGAUUUUUCUAAUUGGUAUUCCACGCCAGUCUAGAUUUUAAAAUCAGGUUCCCCGUGUGGAGAUGCAAAUAGUGUGACUUUGGAAGAGUUAUUUUUAUAGGACAAGUCACUUGGCAAAUGGAAUAACUUGUAUUUUUUCAUUGUAAGAUAAUAGAUGUGUAUAUCGUGUAUGCUGUAUCGUAUAAACUGCCAAUUUAUAUGUCGAUUUGGUGCACAUGUGUGUAAAUUAGAGAUUCCAUUGUCUUUUUUAUUACUGUAGAUAGCGGAGUGAAAGUAUUUAGUCGUGUUAGAUGUAACUUGGGAACUGAAACGACAUACGGUGCUGAUGUCCGUUUCGAUUUCGGGUGGCACUGUUAAGAGUGCAUGAAAAAGGACGUAUCUGCACAUGCUAUGGGUUUCAGUGACAGUCUAGUUGUUUGAGUUCUGUUUUUAAUAAGUAUUUGCAGGUGUUUGUUCACAUAUGGGUAUCUUAAUCAAGAUGUAGUUAGUAUUGUAUAAAAUCACUUG